AUGCCUGAACCGACGACAUCAGAGGGACAAGCUAUCCGUGCCCGACUGGUCAGAAGACGCAUAGAUAGAGACGUUCUCAGCGUCCUCGACAGCCCAAUCUUUUGGGAUGAUGGCCGGGAUUAUACUCUUUUUGACACGAUCAGAUCGCUCAGAUUCAGUUCAGAGGAGGGCGUUCCAUUUGCAGAGAUCGUGGACAUUGUCGAGGAGGAAUUGACUGAGCGGCAACUGUCUCGGGAGAAGCAAAAGAAAGUCUUUACUAUUCUCGGCUGGUACUUUGAGUGUCCCCGAUGCGCAAAGGAUAGGACGGCCGAUAAAUUCGAGGACACGCAAUUCUACCUCUGGACAUCGACUGAGCGGGCAGAGCCGAUUUUGCAGAGCAGCGGGCCUUGCAUUCCUUGCCAGCAACAGCCAGAUGCAGAUGAAUUCGAAAUACGGAAUGAAUACUACACGUGGUAG